UAAAGGCGUUUUCGGAAAUUAUGCCCGAGUAAAUAACCCAGUUGGUAGGUAACCUACACAGGUUCGCAACUCGAGUUAUAUGUUUUCCGAACGUUUUUACAUAACCUAAUAUUCCUAACCGUGACAUAACCUACAUAAACAUGUCUAACAAGGAUAGUAUAAUCCAUUCUACUAUUCUUGGCACAAGUAGAAAACGCGCUACAGCAGCACUCCUUGCGUUUUGGACAUCUGUAGUAGAUUCCGACGACGAUGAUGACAAUGUGAUUGUUAGUCAACAACUUUUAACUACGAGAGAACAUGGGGAAAGUAAACGUGUAUGCAUUAAGAAUUAUGUUGCCAUUGUAGAAAGCUACAGUUUAGAUGUCAUAGGUAUUGUAGAUUUCCGUAAACAUUUCCGAUUGACGAAAAUGAGCUUUGAGGAAGUGCUAAUUAAAAUUGGUGAUAAGUUGUCAAUGGCUAGUUCCGUACACCACACUGGGAGACCUGGAAAUGAUGCGAAAACACAGUUAUUAGUAGGUCUAUGGAUUCUCGCAAAUCAAGAGUCGUACAGAACCGUCGCCGAUAGAUUUGAUCUGACCAUUUCAACAGCAUGGUGUUACUUUAGAAAAGUUGUAGAUACUUUAGUUUCAAUUGCGUCAGAUGUAAUUCAGUGGCCUAAAAAUGAAUCACAGAGACAGUGCUUCUCCACUGAAUUUCGUAAAAGACAAGGAUUUCCAAAUGUUAUAGGUGCGAUUGAUGGAACGCACAUACCAAUAGUGGCCCCACACAAUAUGGCAAACUCUUACAUCAACAGAAACAAAUAUUAUUCAAUUGUCUUACAAGGAGUUUGUAAUGCUAGAUAUAAAUUUAUCGAUUGUUAUGCCGGUCCCCCUGGAAGUGUCCAUGAUGCCAGGGUAUUAAAAAUGUCUCCCUUAGGAAAAAAAUUGAACCACAAUAUUCAUGAUCUCGUGCCCUCAGAUUAUCACUUGUUAGGUGAUUCAGCGUAUUCAAAUGCAAGUCACCUACUUACGCCUUACAAAGACAAUGGACAUUUGAGUCGAAAACAGAAAAAUUAUAAUUACAAGCACUCUGCUACAAGAGUAGCUAUUGAGCAAGCAUAUGGGCUGUUAAAAGGUAGAUUCCGCAUUUUGAGAUACGUAAAUAUAUAUGACACCAAAGUAAUUCCCAGCGUUAUUAUAAGUUGUUGUGUUUUACAUAAUAUUUGUGUUGAUGCAAAUGAUGUAGAUGUAGAGCCGUAUCAAGAAGAUGCAGAUGCUAAUGUUGCUGUAGGUAUUAAUGAUAGAAACUUAGACACUAAAGGACGCAUUAAACGUGAUGAUAUCGCAGAAAUUAUAAAUUAACAAAAUUUUGUAAGAUUAGUAUUUAUUUUACAAUGUACAUGUUGCUUUAAUUAUGUAUUUAAAUGCUUUUCGAUUACAUUAAUCAAGCGUUCUUGCAUUUUCAUUUUCUCUUGGUGGCGUUUAUCCAUA